AUGUCUGCGCCGGCAACUAUAACAGCGAUACCUGCACAGCUCCAGGACAAAUUCGACCUCGGCAUUUGGCAUGUCCUCUUCAACUGGUCCACGCUCACCGUCGCCGUUAAAAAUCAAUGGGGCGGCCCCGACUCGUCAGAGAAGCGCGACUGGCUCGCUGGCCAAAUCAGUGAACUCUUCACUAACGAACCUUUGACCGACGCCGAAGACGUUGAAGUGAUGCUUCUCCAAAUCCUCGAAGACGAGUACGGCUGCCGGGUCGAAGACGAGACAGAAGUAGCAGUUGCAAAGGACAUCAUGGCGAUAAGGAAGGAGGUCGGCGAGGGGAAUACAGCAACGAUCGACGCACUGCACAAGAAGUGGGAGGCAAGAAAUGGCAAAGAGGUUGCCACAGGGGAUGUCAAUGUGAGGGAGAGCAAUCAAGAGGCGGACUGGGAUAGCGUGGAUGAGGAGAGUGACGAGGAUGGCGAUGUCGAUAUGGAUGACGCGCCCGCGUUGGUGCCUGCGAGACCGAAGGAGCCCAAGCCUGAGCCGGAGAUAGAUGAUGAUGGGUUUGAGAAGGUGGUCGGCAAGAAGAGGAGGUGA